AUGUACCAGUCCUCGCUUACCCUGACGACCGGAGCGGGCGGGGAGAAGCCGUUCCCCAACUGGUCGCUGGUCGCCGGCUAUCUGAUUGGCCUUCAGGGCCUGACACGCAAUUUAUCUCUCGACCUAAAGCCCAUCCGUGUCAGCUUGCGUAUGCCUCAGCAGGCGCAUGCAGGUUCGGGCAACGAUUGGACAGGAAUCACUGAUCCAAAGUCAAUAGUCUGCACUGACCAUGGCCCUCAGGCCGCGACUCUCCUGCAGCAGGAGGAGCUUCCCCACGCCUCUUGCUAUAACGCGCAGCAGGGCGUCAUGGUUGCAGCGCCGCAAGCCCUGCCGCUGCACAUCGCCUCCUUCACCGCCUGCGAGCCCGACUCGGAGCGCACCGAGCAGUUCAUGCAGCAGUUCGCGGCCGACGCGCAGCGGGCACUCGACCACCACCUCCGGCUCCAUCAGCAGCAGCAACAGGGGGGCUCGUCGUCGUCGCCGCCGUCGCCGCGAGCGGACCUGCUGCUCAGCCUGGUCCGGUUCAACACGACGCGGGCGAUCGUGCUGAACGCACGGGCUAUGGGCAUCACGGCGGCGCUGAUGAUGGCACCCGAGUCGCGCUCGCUGCUGCCGUCGCUGCCGACCACCACCGCCGCCGAGGGCGCCGCCGCCGACCUUUCUUCUGCUGCCUCGGUCCUGCCGCUGCUGCUGCCGCCGAGCCUGCGGCCCACGGCAUUGCAGCUCUCCGUCAGCCACCACCCCUGGGUCGACGUCCUGCCGCUGCCCGAGCUCCGGGACAACCUGUUGCGCCGCGACGAGAGCACCUACGACAAGAAGGAGCUGUGUCGCGAUCUCAGGGGGUUUCAGGCCGUCGAGGAUGGUCGCUACGGUGGCAUGGUCGUGUGGGGAGAGGCGUGGGAUCCGCGCGGCUGGGAGGUGACGGAUGCGUUUGCGGAGAAGUGGCCGUGGGUGGUUGAGGGGUGCCACGCGUUGUGGGAGUCAACGGCGCAUUGGCGAGCCGUACGGAGCGCGUCACUCUAG